CACAGCACAGUCAUCUGAAGCAACAGCUAAAAGGAAACUGCUUUACAGGAGACCGUUGUGGGUUGUUUCGUUCCUGAAGUGUAAUUUUGAUAUCUGUCCUUGCUUUGUGUAGAUACACGAGAACGGGGAUAAGGGCGUUACGGAUGACAUGGAGGAGAAGAGGCAGUGAUGGGAUGGGUUGGUCUUCUGUUUAAGCAGUUGUUUGACUUGCAAAGCAGGCCUGGUUGCUCUCUGACUGGGCAUUGAGAGAGGGCCUUCCCUGGAAGUGGAACACCAGGUACACAGACAGCUGCGGCGCUGCUUUGUGCUGGGUUGCGGGCCUUGUCACCCACAGGCAUGAAUUAAUGAUAAGGAAUGUUUCAAGCCAUGAGGAGGUGUCCAGAUCAGACAGGGAGACGGACAGACGGCAGGACGGAUACACGGGUGGGGGCUGUGCUAGGCGGCUCGGCGGCAGGCUGGUGGAAAAUGUCGUCAGGAGCCGGUGGGAGGGGUGGAAGGCGGCUCAGAGGGACAGCAAGCAGCGGUGGUGGAGGAGGGAGAGGAGGUGCAGGAGAAGCAGAGGAAGGCCCUGUUGGGAUCCCUUUCCCCGAACACAGCGCAGACAUCCUGGGCAGCCUGAACAAGCAGCGGCUUAGCGGCCUGCUGUGCGAUGUGCUCCUGGUUUCCCAGGAACAAGAGUUCCCAGCUCACCGCUCCGUCCUGGCGUCCUGCAGCUCCUACUUCCACAAGCUCUUCACUUCAGGGGCCACCGCUGACCAACAGAACAUCUACAACAUCGACUUUGUGGUGGCGGAGGCCCUGGGGGCGCUGUUGGACUUUGCCUACACAGCGACAUUGACAGUCAGUCACAGCACUGUUGCUGACAUCCUCGCUGCUGCACGCCUCCUGGAAAUCCCACCGGUCCAGGACGUCUGUACACACCUGCUGGACACCAAAGUGCUCUCCCCGCCGGCGGGCAGUGAGCGAAGAGAUGCAGAUGAAGAGGAUGAGGGGAAGGGGAAGGGCAGAGGAGGCAGAGAGCAGGGGAACCAGGUUCGGGCCCAGGAGUUCCUGGAGUUUUACCUGAGAGGGGCCCAAUGGAGCAGCAGCUGCAGCACGCCAGAGCUCAGGGACCUGCCCACACACCUGCACUUUAACCACGGUAAUGGAGGGACCCCCAGCAACGGGGCUCCUGCUGGCCCCGGUGAGUACUACUCCUCCCUGGCCCUCGCCUUGGCCCAGGCCCCCACACAGGAGCAAGACGAAGACGACGACGAAGAAGAGGAAGAUGAGGACGGGGAGGCGCUACAGGGGAACGGAGCAAGCCUUGGGUCCGCUUACUACCCUCCAUCCCAAAACGGCCACUUCUACCUCCCCCCUGAGUCUAGGCUGGGGCAGGAGCCAGAGAUGGAGGAAGGGAGCAGGGAGGCGUUGGCGAGGGAAAGGGGGUCUGCCAGUGCCCUCCUGCAGCAUAUGAUGGACUCCAUCGAGAGGCAGAAGGAGCGCGCAACUACCGGGGAGGAACAGGGAGAUGGGGACGACCCCGACAUGGAAUUUUACUUGAAUUAUUUUAACAGCACGCAGCACGAGGAUCCGGUUUCUGCUGCUGUAUCACAGGGAGUGCCGCCGCUCUGGUUAUCACGGGGCAGAACAGGCCAAGACAGAGCAGGAGGAGGAGAGAGGGGGGUGGGAGAGAGAGGCAGCGGGGGCGCAGGAGGAGGAGGAGGAGGCGAGAGGAAGAUGCGCUCUAAGGCCUUCCAGAAAUGUCCCAUAUGCUCCAAGGUCAUUCAAGGAGCAGGCAAGCUACCCCGCCACAUCCGAACGCACACAGGAGAGAAACCUUAUGAGUGCGCCAUCUGCAAAGUGCGCUUUACCAGGCAGGACAAGCUCAAGGUUCAUAUGAGGAAGCAUACAGGAGAGAAGCCUUACCUGUGUACGCAAUGUGGAGCCGCCUUUGCUCACAACUACGACCUGAAGAACCACAUGCGCGUACACACCGGCCUGCGCCCCUAUCAGUGCUCCAGCUGCUUUAAGACUUUUGUCCGCUCGGAUCACCUGCACCGCCACCUCAAGAAGGACGGCUGCAAUGGCAUCCCCUCUCGUCGAGGUCGAAAGCCUCGGGUGAGAGAGCCGGGGCUCAUUGACGCUCCCCUGAGCCUGCUGAGCCCCGGAUCCGACACGGGCCCCGGGCCUCGCACCAUCAGGGGACGGCGGCGCUCGGAGGCAUCCUCAGCAGCAGAGAUGGAGGGGGCUGCAGAAGUCCAUGCACACAGUCCUCAACUGCAGGAGUUGGCAGGGGAGGCAGGGCCCUGAGAGGGACCACAAGGACACUGCUGGACACCGUCACUCUGCACCGCCUGUGAGACAGGCCAGUGAACAGAGAGCAGAAAAAACAUGCAAAGGCAAACUUAAAAAAAAACAACUAACUAUUCCUCUAUAAACCAAAUCAGGGUGUCACAAAAAUUCUAAUCUUUAUAUUUCUUUCUCCUUUUACUUUAGGAAAUGGAAUAGACUUGCAAGCACUUGAGUCGGUUUAUCUGUUAAAGAGCAAAGAACGCUUCAAUUCAUGCACCCAUCACGUCCACUUUCUGGGCCAUUUCAUUCUUUAUAAUAUUAAGGUUUUUGUACAUUGGCAUAUGUGCUUAGGCAAAUGUAUGAUAGCUAAAAAGAAACUCUGAGCAACUAUGCAGUUGAUUUCAAUUUUUAUUGGUUUUGUCCUCACAGCCUUCAAGCUCUAAGCAAGGUGUCUAUCAAGCACCUUCUGGCUGCUGUACGGGUGAAGCGAGGACAAAUCCUCCCAGUGAAAACAACUCUUUUUCUAUUCUUUUGCAGGUGUGAAAUGUACAGUUACCAUAGAAACAACAUUGCCACAAUAUGGCAUAUGCAAGGAAAGCUCACCACAAUUUUGAUGCAACAGUUUUCUCUCUUUAAAUGUUCCAGAAAGAAUCAGACCAGGGUUUGAUUGAAGUGUUACUUACUCUAUAAAAUGCGUUUUAAGAAUCUAUGUUUUUGAAAAACAAAUUCACAUUGAGUCAAAUCCAAUUUAAUGGGGGCUCUUCAAUUGCAGGACUAGGGAAAAUGAGGGGUGGAGGGUUUGUGUUUUUAAAGCACUACCAAUCGUCAAUGUAUCUGUUGGCUUGACUACGUUGCCUCUUAUCCCUCACAAACCUGCAAUUUCAGCAUUUCUGUUUUCCCUUUUGAUUUUGUCUUAAUUUGUUGGGUCGUUUUUUCCUUUCUGUUGACUGCUUCGGGUACUUGACACUUUAUAAUUGUAUACAUGUAUAUACAGCAGGUGGUGAUAUGACAUUAGUCCCCUCUUAAUGCUGAGGUGUACCAAUCGGGUUUUUCCUCUUAGGCUUGAUGUCAUAUUUCUCACAGAGUGAAGCUUGUGGGUGAACGAAAAAAAACCCUGUAUGAAUGUCUGAUAAAAAAAAUCACCCAUUUGUCCUAAACUUUAAACACUUGACUUGUAUAGUUUCUGCCCAAAGGACGUGGAGGUCGGAUGAAUGAAUGUGCUUAACUUUGUGCAGUUUUUUUCGGAUUCUGUCCUUGUGUGACAAGGCGCGGGUAGCAUUUAACCAACCGCAGGUUAAAGGAAUGGCAGGGAGCCCGAGCGAGAGAAUGACAAAGAGUACGAAGAAGAGAUAGAUGAGCACCUUUUUUUCUAUGUUUGCACAGCUUUACUAAAGAUAUCCAACAGAGCGAGAGAGAGAGAGAGAGAGGUAUAUUUAAAGGAAGAGGGCUGGUGUGAGAGGAGGUAUAUGUAUCAUGCUUAUUCCAAUCCUAUGUGCCCGAGGGACCACACAACCGUGAGGCAACCUGUAUGAUGAAGAGAGCAAUAAAUACCUGUCCAAGUUGGGAGGCCAAAUAGGAGCUCAGCUGCAGCUGGAUGAUGGGGGAGGGGAACAAGGGAAGGGGAGGGGGAUCUCACAAUGUCUGUUGCAUUCCAAAAAAUAAUCUCCCCCAGCUCAGCCACGUUUCCAGGCGGGAGGGGAUCAAAUCAGGCCUUUUCUCUCCCUCUCUCUCCCUCUGUAGUCCUCUAAUGCCCCCGAACUAGCCUGAAGGGGAUAUUAUUAUAUUAGAGCCUGGUGUUACUGUGGGGAGGACGCCUGGUGCGGGCAGUUUAGUGUGGGAGUGUGUGUUGUAUGUUUGUGUACAUGUGUGUGCGUGGCAGCUGGGGUCGCUCUGGCCACAUCAUCACUGUGUGAGUCAGCCACGGCCUGUUCAAACAUGCACCCUGAGCUGCCAGCCCCAAUGCACUUUUUCUGUCUCACACACAUGUUCACACACACACACACUCAGAUACUCAGCUCACUGGGUCCAGGUAUCCCGUGGAGAAGCGGAAAACACCAGCGCUGACAUAUCUGUUUGAAUAUUGUAAGUGACUCCAUACAUCUGGAUUUGUUAGUCUUAGUAUAUCUUAAGCUGCGUUUUUUGUUCUCGGAAUCCAAUGUUAUUUUCCAAACUGGCACAUUGAGCCUUUACGUCAAGAAGAAAAAAUUCAUGUGAUUUAAGGUCCCCGCCCCCGCCCUGUAAUAUCUGCAGUAGAGCUGCAGCUCAGCAAUCGGCCCUUUGCACCUUAAUUGGAAAGACGCAGGUUAUAAAUGCACUUUGUUACUGAGGAGGGCACUAUUGUCAACAAAACGGGUACUCUGAAACAAACCAGUUGCAAAAGAGAUAAGUCCUUUUUUCUGUACGUGGUGGUGAGGUCGAGCUCCUCCACUGGUUCUGAUCAGGUUUUGACGACAAGCUGCCAUAAAAAAUAGAAAUAUACGAGAUCAGAGCUCUCAAAGAGUUGUUCUGUCCACCCUUAAGAAAAGACUAAAUGAAUCCAUGUAACUGAUACCACUUGAAGUUAGUUGUUGCUGAAAUCUAGUAAGUUGUCUUUAUGUCUUAAUGUAAAGGACGGGGCUAGAAAGAGGAGAAGAAGAAAGGGCACUGCGUGUGUGUGUGUGUUGGCAUGCAUUUUUGUUUUGUGCAUGUGUUGCUGGCUGGCAGGCCGGAGGGUCUCGGGACAAGCUUGGAUAAACAAACUUUGCGUCUGCCCCAUCUGCUCACCAGCUCCUCUCAUAACUACACGUGUUCUCCGAGGAACCGCAGUGAUAAUAGGUGCACGGUACCACAGAAGCAAAUCUACCAUACUGUUAAAACUACUCGAUGGAUAAUUGCUUGUUUACAUCACGGCUCUCUUGGUGCAGAUUUGCAAAACUCUUUGUUUACCCUUGUUGGUCAUUGGCAGUGGUUGGCCGGUCCUGAGAGUCCUACUUUCUAUUUUGGUUCUCCGUUAUGAUUAAGAUGGGGUUCAUUAAUGCACAGUUUGACUCCUAUAGGCGGACAGUGCAAGAUAUAUGUGAUCUUUAUGUAGGAUUGGGUAUGGACCGCGUAAACCAGCUUUGUCUUGAUGUGAAGGUGAAGCUGUUAGCCAUCUUAAACAUUGGUUUCUCUGAACCUCAAAAGUCUUAUACGUUUUGUUAAUUAACCAAAGCCCUCAGUCUUAGUCCACUGUAGACUAGAGAUAUGUCUAAUUUAUCUCCCUGGCUAAGCCACACACUGAUGCCCUCCUCUUGAAUACAUACGCAGAAAUGUGUGUGAAAUCAUACAGAUAUUUACUUGAGUUUGCUUUCUCUCGCUCUUUGUAUCCUUGUGGACAGUAGAAUCAGAGGUUUAAAGAUGUAUAGUUUAUUUCUGUCUGUCUACACUUAAGAUAACGUGUUGUGCUACUUUUUUUUUCUAACAAUUUUACAUGGCUGUGCGUGUGUGUAUGCGUGUGUGUGGGUUGGGGGUCAUAGUUUUGGGUUGCUGUGCCAGGAGGGUUGGGGAAAUGGGUGCUUGGGUGGGGUUAUGGAUAUAAAGCCUGAUAGCACUGGAAAUGGUGCUUUAGCUGAGAGAGCAAACGUUUGCACUAAUGUUAAAUGUCCUUAUCCUGCGUAUGGGAGACGGGCAGGAGACCUCAGAAAGGCCUGCGAGUUUCCAUGAGUACAGAGCAGUGUGGUUAAUACUCAAUGGUCUCAUAGAGUCCAUGCAACCCCUCCAUAGAAAUAAUAAUGUACAGUAUAUUAAGAAAUAUACAGACGUCCAACAAAUACCAAAGGAGAAGAAAUGGCUUGCGAUGAAGUCAUUGGACAUUAAGCUACCAAUCUAAUGUUGGAUUUCUAGAGUUUUAUUGUUAGAUCUGAAGGCUCUUGAAAAGAGACCUUCUGAUGGACACUUUGGUGUGAUAACAGCAACAAAUGUUUGCUGUUAACAUUAAGAAAUAUUCCAAAUAUACAACAUUUAAGCACUUAGCAAGUAGCGAAGCCUCUCCGAAACAUUGGAAAGAUUUGAGUUGGUCCUGGUCUGUUGGCUGAGAUGUACUGUGUGCAGGUGCAAGAGAUAUUUAAUCAAGUAAAUUCGAGAUGGGAUUUUAUCAAGUUCAUGUUCAGUCAACUGAUGAAAAAUAAUAUGAAAUAUAUUGUUAUUGUUGAACACUGUUAUUUUGAUCCUUGCUGAAAUGUUCAGUUUACUUUCUGAAAAAGGUUGAAUUGAAUUCAAAUAUUCUAAGCAGACUGGGACUCCGGUGCCUUGUCUGAGCAGCACUAAGCUUUUCCUAUUUCAUGUUAUGUUUCCAGACAGUUGCAUUGUGCAGCGUGGGGCCGAGGCUGACUCCCACCAGGUGGACAUUGCAAACAUCAAGGGCCACAUUGUGCCUUACGUGGGCAGGACCCGACAGAACUCACAACCUAAUUUCAUUUCUUUGUUUCCAUAACUAAAAACUUUUCUUCCCACUUAUUAAAACCAAAAUGCUGAUUGGCCCGGUAGUAAAAUUGAUCAUGUAUCUGUUUAAGCUUUACUUGAAUAAAUGAAUACGAAUAGCCACCUCUUCAGAGCUCCGUCUCUGUCAGCCUCUAUGGAUCCGCCCCGGUGCGUCCCCAGCCUCGGCCCCACUAAGGUUACUCUGACCCACGCUCUACUGAGACACUCUCAGAACUUUAAUGCAAAUGUUUUUCCAAAUUGACCUUGAUAUGUUUUUCCUAUGCUGUUAUCAAAGAGUUUUCGGGAAUCUAUCUGAGAAGGCCAUAAAACAAAGACGACCAACAACUAUGAUAACAAUUAUAACUGUAAAUAAUCGAGCGAGCAGGGCGGGGUGACUGUUAACAUUCAGAUUUGUGGUGGCCGACGGUGGACUAUUUGCUUUGCUUCGUCAUUUUCCUGCACACCUGAUUUCUCUGUUUGUUUUCCAUCAGGCUCUUGAUGCACAGCAAGCUGAGCGCAGCAUAUGUAGUACGGCACUAUGCUCAGCGUGGCUCUGGCACUUACACAGACAGCCCUGGGUUCUUCAGAGAGGCAGGCUGCUGUCUGUUGGCUGCUCUCGGCCGGGUGGGGACAGUUUGCUCUUGGAGUCUCUCAGUCUCUGGGGGAUACAAAGGUUGGCAUACAGGGAGGAGGAUUAAAUACGGGUGGUAGGGGAAGCUGGAUGUUGUUUUUCAGGGAUGAGGUUAGAAAGCCCGGGUGACGGACUGUUUGCUGAGCAAUCGUCCUCUUAGCUGGUAGGAAUGCAUGGCCACAAUAUGAUAAGAAUUGUAACCCAAAGGAGGUCACCACAGAUUCACAGAAUGUUGCUGAUCUCUUUUGUCUCUAUGUAAGUACUACUCAGGUGGAAAAUACACUGCUAUGCAUUGGGUUUCAAUGUCUGCUAAGUUCACGGUAUGUCUAAUCAACCCUCCAAGUUUCUUCUGUGUUUGCCUUUCAUGUUCACCAAUAUUUACCAUAACAGUUCCCAGAAAGAUGAGAGCAGGAACAGUUCCCCCAUUGUAAAGUGGCUGUGACCAGCCUAUUCCUCCAUCUAAUAUUGAUCCUGUGAAUUGUUUGUUGGAGGGAAGGAAGGCACUGGAGAUUCCCUCUUAUAAGUCAGUAACAUUUUUGAAAAGAGAUAGCACGGGGGAGUGUAUGUUCUGCUUCUCUCUUCUCCCCUCGCUCCCCCUCUCUCUGGACUCAGAGUCUACAUCUUUGCUGCCGACCGGCCUUUGAUCAGAGAUCACACGUCCUCAGCAGGGGAACCUGCGGGAGAGAAAGGGAGAGGGGAUAGGGUGAGAUAUAGUUUCAAUCACCUAAACUAAUUUAGGAAACAUUCCACAGCUUCAGACUGUGAUUCCAGCUUUUUUUAGGGUUUUUGGCCGGUGUGAAGGAUGUGUGUUGCAGACGGCAGGAAGAAACGGUCAACAUUUUUAAGUUGGCUGUAUCAGUCUGCCUGUCUAGCCUCCGACACGUAGACAGACAGACAGCCAUAAGGCCCCCAAGUGUACCGCUAUCCAACUGCCUUUUUAAGCUUCUGCGAUUGUAACAAAAGCACUUUUGCGAAAGGCCAUCCUGAAAUGUGUGCGCUUUUAUUCGAUGGUUAUCACUAUUGUUAUUUUGUUGUUCCUGUUGAUGUCUUUUUUUUCUAUUUCUCAGUGGCAAUGAUUAUUUAAAUGCAAAAAAACCAAUUUGAUGAAAAUGAGAAAAUAACUUGAAUAUUUGGUAUUGAAGGUGGUUUUCAAGCUGCCGCCUCAUCUGGACACAAACAACACAUCUCUGUUAAACUACCAACAUACCUGUUUAUAUGCAGCUUAUUGCAUAGUCACACAAACGUGGGGCUGGGGUUGGGGGGGGUACUGGACAGACCUCCCCUCACCUGCUCUCUGCUUACCGUCUCAGAUCUUGUUGGGAGAAAGGUCAUUUGAUCUCAUUUUGGGAGACUCCUUUUCUUGAAAAAGAAUCCUGUAUAACAGUUGCAAAGCUUUCUGAGAAGGCUAGCUGUGCUGAAUGUUAAACAUGUGGUGUGUAUCCACUGCAGAACUUUUUUAUCUGCAAUAAUGCUCUGUCUGUAGUUAGAGGCUGGAUCUGGUAUCCAUAUAGAGCUUAAAUGAUUAUGAAAGACGGAUGAAACGGCCAAAAGACCAUCAUGCACUUUUGGAAAUCAGUACGGAAAUGUUUUUGGCCUUAACAUCUUUCUCAAAUCAAGAGGAUCUCAGUAGAAAUGAUAAACAUUUAAUGAAUCCAUUCAGUAAAUUGUAUGACUUGGGAGAGAAACUAUUUAUAACAGAUUGGUGUGUAACUGUGAUCAUCAUGAUGAUCCUUUACAGAGGGAUAUGCUUUCUGAUGUACAUUUAAAAAUGGCAGAAUGUGUCCCAUCUCUAAAACCAGGACAUUAAUCACAAAUGCACACGCUCACAUCCGGAAGGAAACGCCGCUCCACUUCUCUCUCUCUCUCUCUCUCUCUCUCUCUGUGUGUUUAAACUUGCUGUUGCACAUGUGACCACACCCCGCUCUGUGUAUCACAACAAGUGCAUCCCAAAGGCAGAGCACCUGCUGCGGCAUCACUAAUUGAAUGGAGCGCGGCCAGAGAGUGCAGAGGCCGCUUUCUUCCCCAUGUGAUUCUGUGGUGUUGACUUUUUAAAUAACCCCCUUUCUCUCCACAAUGUUUUUUUUCUCUUAGCGUAGCAGUCUGUCAGUCCAUAUCUGUUGGAAGCUGCAGGGGA